UGCCACUUCUGGAGGUUUCGACGAGUAUUUCCCACAAAUCGAGACCUUAUUGGACCACCUCGAGAUGUGCGCAGCGGACAAGUGCUACCAAGAAGUUGAAGAUCCUGAUGAUCCCGGUGGUCCGAAGAUCCAAAGCAUAGUACAAGUAUUCGAGGGUCUUAAUCGAACACAACGCAGGCUUCUGAAGCUUCACAUCUGGAUGGGUUGGUGGAAACUGCAGACCUACUACAACAGGAUGACAUCUUUAGCAUACGCCGCUGCAGUUAUUUUCAACCCUACUGUGAAGCUAUCCGGUCUAGCAGAGAUAUUCAACACAGAGCCUACACGCCAGCGGCCUACAUGGAAAGACGUAUACAUGAAUAAGCUGAACACCAGUUGGGAGAUUUACAAGAAGAGGUGCGUGUUGUAUCGACAUAAUAGACUUUUCUAACUGCUCC